CUUUUAUUUACUUUGUGCUGGAUUAAAGUGGUGCAUUUACGCUAACUAUUUAUUAUAACCGACGACGCGUUUGCUCGAUCCGUCUUUGAAAUCAGCGUUUCCAACAGUUUUGUACCAACUUACGGCGACACCGCCGGGAAAUCUACAAUCCUGAGAGUUAAAGAGGAGGUGAAGCAGACACACUACUGAGACUCCUGCUUUGGAUUUUCACAAGCAGUGGAGAUGGCUCAUGUCACCAAUCACGGGAGGCUGCUCCUGCAGCGCUUACAUCAGCAGCGGGAGAUGGACUUCUUGUGUGAUAUCACCAUAAUGGUGAGAGACGUGGAGUUCAGAGCCCACCGCAACAUCCUGGCUGCGUUCAGCAAGUACUUCUCCUCCCAGGCUGAGAAGGGUCAGGAUGUCACAACGCUGGACCCUGAUAAGGUCAGCCGGUACGCUCUGGAGAAGCUCCUGGAGUUUAUCUACACCGGACAGAUGAACCUCAGCAGUACCAGACAAGCAGCUGUGCGUCGAGCGGCUGUGUUCCUGGGAAUCACUGAGGCAACAAAGUACCUGGAAGAAGCCAUGACCCCCUGGUCCGAGCUGGGCGAAACGUCCCAGUCUGAGGCCGAUAAAGAAGGCGGCCUCUCUCCUCCCAGUCCAGGUUCUCCUGGCAGCCCCAGCUCACCUAUCCCCCUGUCCAUUGUGUCUGUAACAGGUGACUGGCACAAGGAGGGGAAGGGUGGUGAAGAGCAGGGCGACGAGGCCAAAGGUGUGGAUAUGGAAGAGGGAGCCAGAAGUGAUGAUGAGUACACCCCCAUUACACUGAAGAGUGUUGGAAGAGGACAGGGGAGGAAGAGAGGCAGGAAGCCCAAGAGUUUCAGUGGCGAGCGGGCGGAGCCAAGCAGCUCGGCUGACGCCACCCCCAAAACCAGGGGGAGGGGGAGAGGCAGAGGGAGAGGCAGGGGGAGAGGGAGAGGCGGUGUGACGAGUGUCGACGUGCUCAUGGAAGAUUCUGACACCAGCCUGAAAGACUUCGGGGACACGUCUGCAGACUGGAGUCCCUCACAGGACGACGAAACUCCAGUCAAGAAACCCCGACUGAGCAGCGGAGAGGGCCGGAGAGGACGAGGCCGGGGGAGGGGGAGAGGCCGGGGGCGAGGCAGGGUGAGAGCCGUGGAGCCAGCGGAGGACAGCGACUUAGAAGGGGCAGACGAUGACGAGGGUGACGGUGAGGUUGGGGAAUUAUCGGAUGUCUCGGGAAUGGACGAGCUGACGCUGUCGUGCACCGAGUGCAACAAACUGUUUAAAGAUGCGAGCAGCCUGCACAGACACGAGAAGAUCCACAAAGGGCUGAAGCCGUUCGUCUGCAUCUUCUGCUCUAAAAGCUUCAGACAGGCCACCCAGCUGAAGACUCACCUGCGCAUACACACAGGCGAGAAGCCGUUCACCUGCACCGACUGCGACAAGUGUUUUGCUCAGAAGUGUCAGCUGGUCGCUCACCGCAGGAUGCACCACGGAGAGGAGAAGCCUUACACCUGUGAGCGCUGCGGCUUCAAGUUCGCUACCUCGUCCAACUAUAAGAUCCACAUCAGACUACACAGCGGGGAGAAACCGUACGUCUGUGACAUCUGCGGUCAGGCUUUUGCUCAGUCCAGCACGCUGACCUAUCACAAGCGACGACACACCGGAGAGAAACCGUACCAGUGCGAUCUGUGCGGCAUGUCGUUCUCUGUCUCCUCUUCUCUCAUCGCUCACGCACGAAAACACACAGGUGAGACGCCGUACAAAUGCUCGCAGCCGCAGUGUAACUCAAGUUUCGUGACGUCUUCCGAACUGAAGAAACACAUGAGACGACUUCACCCAGAUGGUAACAGUGGUGUGCAGUGUCUGCUGUGUGGAAACCGGUUCGCCAGUGUGAAGAACAUGAUCAAACACCAGGAGAAGGCUCACGCUGACGAAGUACGGCAACACAAGGAGAGAGCCAGAGCAGUCGUCCUCCUGGCGUCCAGUCAUCCUGUGGCUUUUGUCCAGAGCAAACUCUCGCAGGAAAACAAAGGAAUGGCUUCCAUCCCCGAAGGAGAGCCACCCAACCCUGAACCCGCCACCCCCAACCCCAAAGCCACAGCACCAUCUGCAGCCGCCACCACUGACGCUGACCCUGAUGCUGUUACUGAUGCUGCCAACACCCAAACCAUCAUCCAGGACUUCAAGGGGGAGCCCACUCACCCCACCAUCAGCACCCCCGACCAGGUGACCUUCGAGCCCGACCAGGAGCAGACCAUCAACUCAGACACCCUCCACGCUCUGGUGGAGCAGCUACGGCCGCCACCCUCCCCCGCCCAGAGCCUGGAGCAGAUCGUCAUCAUCAGGACGGUGGACAACGCCGAAGCUAACCCUCCUCAGCAGUGAGGCCCGAGCCAUGACGCCAUCACUGGUGGAAGAUUUUCACUUUUUAACAGUCAGUCAGCUCUCGGAUUCAGGCUUCUGUCGCCAGAAAAUAGGCUUAAAUGGAUCUGUAGUAAAGAUCUGUAAAGAUAAUUCUGUUAGGUUACAAUCUGACUUAAUUUAAUAGUUUUGUCCACUGGUUAUAUGAGGAAUAACAACAUUGUACUAAGCAAGUUAAUAGCUGAGUUCAGGGAACCAAGUCACAUGAUCAGACAUGCAAACUUAUUUUGAGGAGAAAAUUGAAGGUGUAAAGUAAAAUUAUCAGCAAAAUUGGGUUUAUAACAACAAUGUGAUUAUUAUUUAAAGGGAUAUUUGUAUUACAGCAACUUACAAUGUUGUUGUUUCUGGUAGAAUCAGUCAUAGAAUUUUGCAUUGAUGCCUAUUGAAGUCUAUGGGAGAUGUGUUCAAUGACCAGACUAAUGACUGACUGACCAAUGUAAGAUUUGACAGUGUAAUGUCCGUUCUGUCUUUUAUUGGGUCCUUGUUUCCUGUUUUCUCAGUCACGGCUGCCUGUGGGCAACACAAACAACACAUUUAAACAGACAACAGGAUGUAAGCGCAAGUGUGAGUUUAUGAAACCAGAAAUAUCAGAGCCUGAACAUGUUAACCACUUUUCUACUGCAGUAAUUGUAACUGUAGCUCCUUCAGCACAGUUCAGGGCCCCCUAAGUGUUAAAAGUUGUGGAGCUAUCAGGUGGAGUUUGCUGUGAUCACUUCCACUAAGAGAGAUUUAAAUUGUCAGUUAAUAUCCUGAGUUUCGGUGUCAGCAUCAGGGGUAGAAAGAAGGUGUCUGAUCAGUGCAUUCCUAAACUUCAGAAGAGGCAAAAGUCCCUGAGUUGAAGUUCAGAGGGAGGCUGUUUAAAUCUUCUGGUGUUAAACUGUGGAAAUGUUCCACAAAGUCUGAAUAUGUGUCUCCAUUCAGAGCCGUUUGACCUACGAACAUCAGCUAAAAACAUCACUGACACCAGACAGAAACCUACUCUCUGCUCUGUUUCCAUCCACAUCAUAACCGCCAACUUAACUUCCACAAAAGAAUAACUAUUUUUACAGACAUGUGAAGAAAAGUUUAUCCGAUCAAAACAUCUACAGUGAAACAGCUGGUCCACGUCUUGCUUUGAUAGUUAAUGUAGUGAGUAGGAGCCUCGUUAACGUCAUGAAAUAUGAUUUUAUUUAACACAAAUGUUUCACCCUUGAGUGUUUGACAUGUGAUGGUGGCUUCAUUGACGUAAACAUAGCCCUGUUAAUGCAACCCAAGGUUUUUGAAUUAGUGUAAUAUAGUUCAAUUGUUUUUUAAAACAGCUGUUUUAGGUCUUAGCAGAAGUGUUUGUGCUUCAGACUUGCAUUAUAUACAGUAUGUAUCUCAACCUGAAAGAAGCUGUUUUUUAUUUUGUGUGUGAGAAUAUGUAUCACACUUUUUUUCUUUCUUUUCUUUUUGAUUUUGGAUAAAACAUCUUGGAUUUUCUUGUACAGAAAUGUGAAUUCCAUAUACAAGUUCCCCACUGUGUAAAAACUGUACAACAGGAAAAUGAAAUUAAAGACAAAAAGGGACAAUCAGAUUGUUUGUCUCAGUGACUGCUGCAGAUCUGUGUCGACAAAAUAAAGUAUUAUUGCUUAUAAUUGCA